GGGAAUUAUAAAGAUUUAGUUGGCAACGCUGAAAUGAUUCGCAUAAAUUUUCCACUUUUAGUUUAAUAUUUCCACGAUUUUACGUAAAAAUCUUAUCGAAAUGUUUAAACAAAUUAAUUAUGGCCCAAAUUAUAACGGGACAAAAAUGUUUUUAGAACAGUUAAUAAACUUUCCCAACACAAUUCAUAACCAACAAUGACUUGCAGUUUUUGCGUAAAUUCCAUCUCUAGAUACUGCGUCGUAAUUUGAGAAUAAGUAAUUUGAGAAUGCCUCAAGAACAUCGCAAAGAAAAUGGACGAAAAGCGUUGCCCCCUCUGUCCCCGGGGCCAGUCCUCGACAUCUCCGACGAUGAAUUGGUUUCUAUAUCCGUUCGCGAUUUAAACAGACAACUCAAAUUGCGCGGUUUAACCCGGGAGGAAAUCGUCAGGAUGAAACAACGACGGAGAACCCUAAAAAAUCGGGGUUACGCCGCUUCGUGUCGAAUUAAAAGGAUCGAACAAAAGGACGAGUUAGAAACGGAGAAAACGCAGGAGUGGAGAGACAUGGAAACGAUGCAGGAUGAUGUCGUAAGGAUUAAAGAGGAAGUGCAUACAAUUAAAAACCGAUAUGAGGCUCUUCUUAAAUUUGCUGUUAAUAAUAAGAUUCCUAUUCCACCUGAAUUAGAAACGUUAUGAUUUAUUGUUUAAGAUAAGUAAAUAAAAUUGAUUUUUUAAACGUCAAAAAUUAUAACCUCAAAACAUUAAAA